AUGGACUUGCACAAGCGCGCCUUUAUCAUGAACGACGGCGACCACGUUAAAAACUAUCUUGUCGACGUUGGGCUCGAAAAGGCGACCAUGUCCGGGGCUACCAUGACGCCGGCGGCCGUUGUACACCAGAUAGAGGAGUUGCCAUUGGAUGCGGGAACUAAGCUGAACAAAGGCAAUCUUCCGUAUCUGAAAGCCAGGGAAGUUUCGAAGCACCAGAUGAAUGAUAUGAAUCUGCAGUUUCUGGAGGGGCAGUGGAAAGCCAUUGUCAAGCAGAUGAAGGAGUCGGGCGCGCUCGAGUCGUGCCUCGCCGUUCGGCUCACAGAGAUGUUCCGGUUAGGCUGGGAGCUCGACUUGCGGAACCCGAAUUUUGUGAGCAUCUUCCGCGACCUCAUCCUGCCCGCGGCCGAUGCUGGCAAGGUCGCCCCCGCGGGCAUGGUCAAGCGCGUCUUUGUCUUCAGCGACAUGCAGUUUGACGAGGCGGAGGAGGGCGCCGCCGCGCAUUGGAGGACGUCGUACGAGGUGAUUCGCGAUCUCUGCGCUGCCGAAGGCUACGAGGUGCCGGAGCUGGUGUUUUGGGACCUGAGCGGGAACUCGACAACGCCGGUGACGGUGACGGACGAGGGCACGGCGCUGGUCAUCGGGAACUCGCAGGCGCUACUGAAGAUGUUCAUGGACGGCACCUCGUGGCGCGGUGAGGAUAAUGGGGAUGUGGCGACGCGGGAUGAGGAGGGAGACGGCGAUACUGUGGUAGUUGAGACGGCCGAGACGACGCCACGCUCGAUUCUAGACAAGGCGAUCGGGCACCCGGCGAAUAGCAUGUUGAAGGCGUAUGACUGA